GUUUCUAUACGUGUAAGUAGAUCCCCUGACUCAUUCCACCAUCUAACUCUUCCAUUUCACCUAUCUUUUCUUUUCCCUCUCUUUACGUCACAACUUGAUUGUGAAACUCAAACCUCCCCACCAUAUUCAAAUAACUUAGCAAAAAACCAAACUCCCCUUCUCUCUCUCUCUCUCUCUCUCUCUCUCUCUCUCUCUAAACUUUCCACAUGUAAGACCAAGACAAUUACAAAGUCUUUGUUCCACAAGUCCUCUUUAUUACUCUUCUUCUUCCUUCUACCUCUAUUCCCUAACUCCAAAAUACAAACUCCACAAUGAAACUCUGCAUGUUUUAUGUCUUGUUCAUUUUUCUAAGCUAUGUUCAUGUUCAAGGUCGUUUUGUUGUGGAGAAAAACAGCAUCACUGUUCUAUCACCACAUAAAAUAAGAGGUAAAAAAGAUGGUGCCAUAGGAAACUUUGGUCUACCAAAUUAUGGAGGAUAUAUUGUAGGAUCACUUGUUUAUCCACAAAAAGGCUCUCAUGGUUGUGAAGAUUUUGAAGGUGAUAAGCCUUUCAAGUUUCGAUCUUAUCGUCCAACUAUUGUUCUUCUUGAUCGUGGAGACUGUUAUUUUGCCUUAAAGGUAUGGCAUGCUCAACAAGCUGGAGCUGCAGCAGUUUUAGUAGCAGACAGCAUUGAUGAGACACUGAUAACAAUGGAUUCACCCGAGGAGAGCACUGAUGCCGACGGCUACAUAGAGAAGAUUGUAAUUCCAUCAGCUCUAAUAGACAAAUCCUUUGGUGAUUCAUUAAAGGACUCAUUAAACAACAAAGAUGAAGUUUUGCUAAGAAUAGAUUGGAGGGAAUCAGUACCUCACCCUGAUAAUCGAGUCGAGUACGAGUUCUGGACCAACAGCAAUGACGAAUGUGGUGCUCGUUGCGAUGAACAGAUGAAUUUUGUGAAGAAUUUCAAAGGUCAUGCUCAGAUUCUUGAGAGAGGCGGAUAUACAUUGUUCACUCCGCAUUAUAUAACAUGGUUUUGUCCACAGCCAUUUGUUGAAAGUAGUCAAUGCAAGUCUCAAUGUAUAAAUCGCGGAAGAUAUUGCGCGCCGGAUCCAGAGAAAGAUUUUGGUGAAGGAUAUGAAGGGAAGGAUGUAGUUUAUGAGAAUUUGAGGCAGCUUUGUGUCCAUAGAGUAGCAAACGAGAGUAACCGUUCGUGGGUCUGGUGGGAUUAUGUAACUGAUUUUCAUGUUAGAUGUUCUAUGAAGGAGAAAAAAUACAGCAAAGAUUGUGCUGAAGAUGUCAUGAAAUCAUUAGAUCUUCCGAUCGAGAAAAUUAAGAAAUGUAUCGGUGAUCCUGAAGCUGAUGUAGAGAAUGAAGUGCUAAAGAUUGAACAAACAGCACAGAUUGGAGGAGGAUCUCGUGGCGACGUCACCAUUUUGCCAACAUUGGUCUUAAACAAUGUCCAGUAUAGAGGAAAAUUGGAGAGAACAUCUGUCUUGAAGGCUAUAUGUGCUGGAUUUAAGGAGACUACUGAACCUCAAGUUUGUUUAAGUGGAGAUAUUGAAACUAAUGAGUGUCUCGAAAGAAAUGGUGGAUGCUGGCAAGAUAGAAGUGCUAAUGUAACUGCUUGCAAGGAUACUUUUAGGGGAAGAGUUUGUGAGUGUCCUAUUGUGAAGGGAGUUCAGUAUAAGGGUGAUGGUUAUACAACAUGUGAAGCUUUUGGACCUGCAAGAUGUGCUUUAAACAAUGGAGGUUGUUGGUCAGAAACUAGAAAUAAGAUAACUUUCUCGGCUUGCUCAGAAUCCAAGGUAAAUGGCUGCCACUGUCCAGUUGGAUUUCUUGGAGAUGGCAACAAAUGUGACGAUGUUGAUGAAUGUAAGGAAAGAAGUGCUUGUCAGUGUGAUGGUUGCAGCUGUAAGAACACUUGGGGUAGUUAUGAUUGUAAGUGCAAAGGAAAUCUUCUAUAUAUCAAGGAACAAGAUAUUUGUAUUGAAAGAAGUGGAUCAAAAUUUGGAAAGGUCAUCGCCUUUGUGGUCAUAGCAGUUGUUGUCGGAGCUGGUCUAGCCGGUUACGUAUUCUACAAAUAUAGACUCCGGUCUUACAUGGAUUCUGAGAUUAUGGCUAUCAUGUCACAAUACAUGCCACUGGACCAGCAAAAUAAUGUAGUUCACGCUGAAUCUGAGCCUUUACGACAACAAGGAACGGUGUAAGCAAAAGACAUAUUAAGCUGAUAAUAGACAAGAAAUCCCGUUGAAAAGUAGCAUCCACGUGAGACAAGAUUGGCUAUAUUUGCUUUUGAGUUCACUUCACUGCAAAGGAAAAUUCAGAAUUUUUACCAUAGGAUACUUACAUAAACGAUUUUACACAUAUAGAAGUUUCUUCCAUAGAAUAAUGAUAUCCAAUUUUCACAGUUUGUAAAUAGAUCUAUUGAGAUUGAUGUAAAUGAACACAUCCAUCAUCCAUCAUUGAGAUGUUAAUACAAAACAUGUUACCAUCGAUGCUUUUUUUGGUCCCUAUGA